AUACUCCACAAUGUUCAAGUAAGUUAAGCAUAAAGAAGUAUUUAUCUGUCAUAUGGAUGUAGUAACUUGCUUAUGCUAGCAGGACUCCAGACCGCGUCCACUGUGACUUACGUUGUUCAUUGUAAAUGCAAUUAAAAGUAAAAACAAAACAAAACAAACAAAAAACUAGAUAUAGUUCAGCAGCAUUGUAUUACAUUAUUAGUAAGGUCCGUUACAGCCUUAUGCACUUUUUCUAGGGUAAUUUGAGUCCUUCUGGUUAUUUUGCACUGUGAUCAAGCUUGCCGCCUUUUCGAAGCGAACCCGCACUCAGUUUAGACAUGUGCUGACUUUACGUCAGUUUGUAAUACAUAUUAUUGUCUGUUUGCAUGACUGUGAUGUGCGACAUUUUUUCUUUAAUUUACUAAUAGCACAACAGACUGUCCGAUCCUGCUCUGCACCAGUCCUCAACACCUUCCUUGAAUACAGAAAAAAAAAAAACAAGAGGAGCGACAAAAGUAUUCUCUUGGAAGAAAGGGGUUAAAGCAACAGGAAAAAGUUAAAGUUCGGAUAAAUAUUGGCUUGAUGGUAAUUCAGAACAACCUUCUAAAGCCACAACGUGGAAGAACAAUUUCACUGGCAACAAACCCAGAUGUCUCUGCCACACCUCUGCUCAAUCUUGCGGUUAAAAAAAUGAAGGACUUCAACAGAGAUCUAAAGGACGAACCUUUCCUCCUUCUGUACCCAGAUGGGACAGAGGUGGCUAAUAUCCCUGGGACACAAACACCUUUUUCCCUUUCUGCUUAUAAGGCUGAAGUGGGCAAGUCUUACCAAAGGAUAACUCUUUUCCUCUGCUCGACAAGGGAUUUUGAAGAAGCUGGAAAAUUGUCAGACUUGUCUGAUUCUGACCCAGAGAUGAUUAUUAGACAAUCCUCAGACUUUGAUCUUGCUGAUACACUGCCAAUGGAACCCAUUGAUGAAAGUAGUCCUGUACAAAAGGUGGCAGAAACAGAGAAUGGUGUUGGGGAUAUUGUGCUUGCAGAUGAAGUACAACAGGUUAUGGAUGUGGAUAACCUGGUGUCUGGAUUGCCUGGCAACAAUCCAGGCACCAGUCAAUGUCCCACUUUCCAGAGCUCCUGUUACAGAGACUACACCGAUCUCUUCGAGCCGAUUAUUAUUGAAGAUGACGAUGAGAUCGAACACUUUACAGAAGACAAAAACCAUGAUCUGCCACCAGCAGAAUAUGUGGAAAAAGAUGUGCAGCCACAUGACAUUAUUGCAGAACUGGCCAUGGAUAUUGACCACAAGAAAGUCAGCCGGUUCAAUAUAUGUCGGAGUGAUGUGUGGGAUGGAGCUGUUCGGGGCUUUCAGAGGAGCACAUACUCUGACAACAAUGAUAUGUUCAUCAAAUUUAAUGAUGAUGCUGGCUUUUUGGAGGAAGGGUUGGACACAGGUGGCCCGAGGCGUGAGUUCCUCACGCUUCUUAUGGCCGUUCUUAGAAAUCGCCCUAUCUUCGAUGGACCUACCGAAAGCCGCUACAUUGUGUGCAAUUCCAGAGCUGCCAGGGAAGAUGAGUAUUUUUUAGCAGGAAAGAUGAUCGCUGUAUCGAUUGUACAUGGGGGACCGGCACCACAUUUUCUCUCAAAGAAUCUGGUCAACUACUUGAUAGGGAAUCCGAGUUUCAGCGCCACUAUUGAAGAUGUUAAAGAUGAGGAGAUAGGGAAAGUUCUAAAAGAGGUCCUGGAAGCUGAAUCAGAUGAAUCUCUGCUAAAUGUAAUUUUGCAAAACAGCGGGAUGUUCCAAACUGCUGGCUGCUUCAGGGGUGUGAAGGCUUCUGAGAAGAAAGCUUUCAUAGAGGAGUAUCUCAGAUGGUACAUCCUUGACAGAAACCACAGUGCCAUUCAACGAUUCAAAGAUGGUCUGGGAAGUCUAGGGUUUUUUGCUGCACUGCAGAAGCAUCCCAGUGUCCUUUCCCCAGUCCUGUGUUUCUCUGCCAAGGCCCUGACUGCUUCAGACUUGGAGACGAUGUUUAAACCAGUUCUCAGCCCAGUAGGAAGCAAUAGGCAGCAAAAGGAGGGCAAAACAAUCGUUUUCUGGGCAGAUUAUUUGCUUGAUUGCGAAGAGAAAACAACUGCUCUGUCUCUGGAGGAAGUCCUCAUGUUCUCUACAGGUCUCGCAGCGAUUCCACCAGCAGGCAUGAUGCCAUCCCCACAUCUAGAAUUUCUGAGUGAUUCACCUUUUCCUCUCGCUAACACCUGUGCAAACACACUCAAACUGCCGCUUUUGGAUUCUUACACUGCUUUUAGGGCUAACAUGGACUUUGGGAUACAGAACGCUCCGGGAUUUGGAUGCUACUGAAACAAAGAUUUCUUGCAGUCUUGUUGAAUAUGAAACAUUAAAAAUACAUAAUUUGAUAUGUUUUCACAUAAUUUAAAACAUAGCAAUG